GGGCCGUCGGAUGUGAGGCUUGGGCGGACGGCUCCACGCAAAAGGUCCACACUUUUAGAACAAAUUUUUACUAUUUUUUUCGAUUUUUCGAUUUUUUUAUUUUUUGGCUGUCCAAGUCAUGGUGCCCAAUCUCUCGAUCAUCCGAUUUAUCUCUUUCACCCAACGAAAGCUCGGGUCAAAUUAUGUGUCCGGAGUUUGGAUCUUCCAAGUGGUGAUCCAGCAGCCGUAAACAAUAGAGAUACUUCUCUUCACAGAUUAUAUAAAGUUUGUGCUUUGUGCUAAUCUCUCUCUCCUCUCCCUCUCUCUCUCUCUCUCUGUCUGAGCUCUCUCGGAGCUCUCUCGGAGCCAAUGACCAUGGCUGCUUCAUCGCUUCUCCGUGCUCGUUCCAUGCUGCUCCUACUGCUGCUUCUAGCAUUCGAUGCCUCCCUCUCUCGGGCAGCAUUGUACAAGGAUACAUCGCAGCCAAUCCAUGCUCGCGUCCAGGAUCUUCUCUCCCGCAUGACGCUCGAGGAGAAGAUUGGGCAGAUGACACAGAUCGAGCGAGAGAAUGCUACCGGAUCCGUCAUCACCAAGUACUUCAUCGGGAGUGUCUUGAGCGGCGGAGGGAGCGUUCCAGCGCCGCGCGCCUCGGCGGCGACAUGGGCGGCGUUCGUCGAUGGGCUCCAAGACGGGGCACUGGCGACGAGGCUGGGGAUUCCAAUCAUCUAUGGCAUCGACGCUGUUCACGGCCACAACAAUGUCUAUGGAGCCACCAUUUUUCCUCACAACGUCGGCCUUGGAUCGGCCGGAGAUCCCGACUUGGUUAAACGCAUUGGAGCGGCCACGGCAUUGGAAGUCCGAGCAACUGGGAUCCAGUACACCUUUGCUCCUUGCGUUGCGGUUUGCCGGGAUCCAAGAUGGGGCCGAUGCUUCGAGAGCUACAGCGAGCACCCGGAGCUGGUCAAGGCUAUGACGACGAUUAUCUCGGGGCUUCAAGGGGAGACCCCGGCCAAAGGAGUUCCAUACGUCGGAGGAAGCUCCAAGGUCGCUGCUUGCUCAAAGCACUAUGUUGGCGAUGGCGGGACGAGGAGUGGGAUCAACGAGAACAACACCGUUGGCAGCUACAAGCGUCUCGUCGGAACUCAUAUGCUGCCUUACUUCGAUGCCAUCGACAAAGGUGUGUCGACAGUCAUGAUCUCCUACUCGAGUUGGAACGGGAUUAAGAUGCACAAAAAUCGGCAUCUGAUCACCGAUAUCCUCAAGAAGCGCCUGCGAUUCAAGGGAUUCGUGAUCUCCGACUGGCAAGGCAUUGACAGGAUCACCAACCCGGCGGGUGCCAACUACACUUACUCAGUGCUCGUCUCAGUGACUGCUGGGAUUGACAUGAUCAUGGUGCCGUAUGAGUACACCAAGUUCAUCGACACUCUGACGUCUCUGGUGAAGCAAGGUUUCAUCUCGCUGGACAGGAUCGACGACGCGGUGCGAAGAAUCCUCUUUGUGAAAUUCACGGCGGGCUUGUUCGAGCAUCCAAAGUCCGAUAGCUCGUACCGCAGCCAGAUCGGGGCUCACAGAGAUCUCGCGAGAGAGGCCGUACGGAAGACCCUGGUUCUCUUGAAGAACGGCAAGAAUGCCAAGUAUCCACUGCUGCCACUGAGCAAAACAGCGUCGAAGAUCCUCGUCGCUGGCAGCCACGCGAACAAUCUCGGGAAUCAAUGCGGAGGAUGGACCAUCACCUGGCAAGGCGCUAGCGGCAACACAACUCUUGGAACUACAAUCUUGCAAGGGAUCUCCAACACCGUGAGCAAGAACACCCAGGUUGUCUACGAGGAAUCCCCGAGCUCCUCGUCGGUGAAAGGUGGCGGCUACGACUUUGCGAUCGUCGUGGUCGGGGAGCCGCCAUACGCCGAGACCCAAGGUGACAAUCUCAACUUGACGAUCCCACAGGACGGAGCCAAUACCAUCGAGAGCGUGUGUUCUUCCGUCAAGUGCUUGGUGAUCCUCAUCUCCGGGAGACCCCUGGUGGUAGCACCGCACUUAAGUUCCAUGGACGCUCUCGUGGCGGCGUGGCUACCCGGUAGCGAGGGCCAGGGGAUCGCCGACGUGAUCUUCGGCGACUAUGACUUCCAGGGGAAGUCGUCGAGAACUUGGUUCAAGAGCGUGGAGCAGCUCCCCAUGAACUACGGCGAUGUCGAGUAUGAUCCACUGUUUCCUUUUGGAUAUGGACUGAAGAUGGGAAAAAAGUGAGCUAGAGCGAAACGAAAACAAGGAGAGAGAGUGAGUGGAGCUGCACUACUGUACCAUUCUUUUUUUCGGUGGAUCAACUUGCUGGCUGUUUGGAUCUUUGUGAAUAAUUUAACGUCA